AGCAAAUGGCUGAAAAGAGGGAGGGGACAUGAAGCCAUGGGGGAAGGGUUUCUGUGUGUGUGUGUGUGUGUGUGUGUGUGUGUGUGUGUGUGAGAGGCUCAGUUAGAGCUAGUGUUACAGUCAGGGACAGAGGAACAGUGGCUUCAGGACUAUCAGGGAGCAGCAGAGCUGACGUGACCUUCUUCCUGCUUCUAAUUGGAAUAUAUUUUGUGCUUACACAAACACACACUACACACACACACUACACAUGGACAGCACGCAUAUUUUGGAUGGAUUUCUGUCGUGACACGUGGAGGCAUGGAGACGUGUUGAAGGUAUGUCCACGUGAUGUUAAAGUCUUCGCUCUGGAGGAUCUUCGUACCUGGACGUGUUCUUGGUGUGUGUGUGUGUGUGUGUGUGUGUGUGUGUGUGUGUGUGUGUGUGUGUGUGUGAGAGAGAGAGAGACAGAGAGCUGUAAGGAGUCUGGGAUGAUGGACAGGUGAGACAGUUGAACAUUUCCUGUCUGGUCAGCGAUGGAAAGAAGCUGAUCCAGUUUCUUCACUCCUGGAGAAGAACGUUUAAAGAUCAUGGGGAAUUCAUACGCAGGACAGCUGAAGUCCUCCCGCUUUGAGGAGGCAUUACACAACUCCAUCGAGGCCUCGCUGCGCUCGAGUAACGGCGAUCCACAGCCCAUUUUCACUCAGCUUUACCUGGAGCCGGAUCACUUCACCCCCAACCUGGAUGACAUUAAGUCCAAAAUGGACUUAAACCUCAGGCCAGAUGCAGGUGCUCACGGCUUAAUGAACUGCCAGUCCUCCAGCGGCCAGGACGACAUGGACGACGACGAUGAAUCAGACACCAGCAGCCCUCCACUUCCCUACCUGCAGGCUCCGCCCCCUGAUGGCUGCUGCACCGUAGACGGAUUCUGUCAGGCGGGGAAGGACCUCCGUCUGGUUUCCAUGGCGACGGAGCCUAUCGACAUCCCUCCUGGGUUCGAGCUGGUGGGAGCCAAAUCUCCCAGCAUUCCGGAGCACAUCCUGGUGUGUGCCGUGGACAAGCGCUUUCUGCCCGACGAAAACGGGAAGAACGCACUUUUAGGGUUUUCAGGGAGCUGUGUAGGCUGCGGUGAGAAAGGUUUCCGCUACUUCACUGAAUUUUCCAACCACAUCAACCUGAAGCUGAGCACGCAGCCCAAAAAGCAGAAGCACUUAAAGUACCACCUGGUGAAGAACUCUCAGGGGGCGCUGUGUAAAGGCACACUCAUCUGCUGGAAAGACUGUAAGACCAGGCAGUUCUCCAGUGUGUCUUCAUCCAAACCCAGCUCAUCAUCCUCACUGAGCAGCAAAGAGAACGGAGGAACCAUCAGCCGCAGUCCCUCCUCCUUCUCCCUCUCAGAUUCACCCCCAGCACGAGGACAGUCCAGUUCGUCUCCGGGGAUUUUGGGGACUCCAGAAGUCAUGCAGGAAUGCAGCUUCCUGAAACCUCCAAGCACCAUGUCACACACCCCUAAAUCUUUACCUAUAGUACCCACUGCUCUGCGUGUUAAUGGCCUGACAAACGGUUUGAGCUCAGAAAGCCGGCCCACUCUGCUAAGCCCCAGCUACACAAACCCACUGGCCACGCCUACACAAGGCUAUCGGCCAAUCAAACAAGGGGACAGUCCAGCAUCCUCUGCCAUGGCAUCAGGGCCUCCAAAAAAGCGGCACCGUAGUUGGCACCCUCCUCCAGUGAUGCCAGUCCCUGCCACUGCCAUCCCGGUCCCAGCGAUUCGACCGAUUCCCUGUGGUACAGGUUCGCUGCUGUCACUGGCUAAUCAGGCGUCUCUGUCAGCACCAGGGGUCAUACAGCCUCAGCCAAUCACAACAGGAGAAACCCUGAUCGUCCCUGAUAACCUGCUGAACACCUGUGGGGUUCGACCCAUUAUCCUCAUCGGUCAAGGCGCUCUGCCAUACUUCUUCGGGAAUGUGUGUGAUGUAGUGGUGAGCCCACUGCUGGCCAGCUGCUAUAACUACAGCCAGCUGAGUGAGAAGAGCCUUUUGACACUGGGAGUGUCGCUGAGCCAAAUCCCCACCUCUGAGACUCUCAUCCUGCUCACACUGCAGUACCUCGCACGCCUCGGUUCGGAGCAGAUCCCCAUGCGUGAGGAGUUUGAGCAGAUCGUGCUGAAGGCCUCAGUUUGUGGUGCUGCCGUCCCCCCAAUCACCGCCGUGCAGCUGCCAUGGCUAGCAAGAGUCGAGGCAAGUGUAUCGGGUGGAAGCGUUCAGGUGCUGCUUGCUCAGAGCUCUCUGGGUGAGGGAAUUGCCGAGACACUGCGCUCGCUCAGUGAUAACACACACCUACAACAGCAACAAGCGCAACGACUGCCCAACUACGUCCUGAUAAUCCACACUUCGGCCUCUGCCGGGGCCUCAGAGUUCUGCAUCGUGGUGCUCGGUAAAUACCAGUCAAGGGCGCUGGCCGAGGGAAUGCUGAGCACUAACGAGUUUUUAAAGGAGAUCAGCUAUGAGCUCAUCACGGGGAAAGUUUCUGUCCUGGCUUCACACUUCAACAAGACAUCUCUUGGUGAUAAUCUGGAGAAGGAGUUGGUGCGGUAUCAGCGGAGGAGAAAGCAGCAGGCCGAGCUCAGUGACCCUGUUCACUCUGAGGAUGAAGUAAACACGAAAGUUGACACCUGCACAGAGACCGUGAGCGAGGCGUUUCAGAUUUACCCUCCACAGCUGACCGUGGCUCGGAGUCUCCUCUCUCUGGUGUGCGGCAUUGCAGACUCAAACAGCCAGAACCUCGAUCUCGGAAGAUUCUGCAAAGUCGACUUCCUGGUGCUGGUGCCACCGUCAAACGUCCUGCUUCAUCAGACAGCCAGACGCAUCCGCCAGUCAGGAGUGCUGGUGGAUCUGGGGAUGGAAGACGCCUCUACAGCCCAACAAAAAGCAGAUAAAUAUGUAGUGCGUCUGGACAACGAGGUUCACACCAAAAUGGAGGUGUUCAUGAAGAAAGUUAAACAGAACCCUUACACACUAUUCGUCCUCAUCCACGAUAACUCACACGUCGACGUAACCAGUGCGAUGUCUGGCUCUGUCUCUCAUGGUGAUCUUCAAGGAUUGGCUGAUCGUGUGGUGAACUCACAGGAGGUUUUAGACGCUGAGAAUCUGUUGCUUCUUCAGGUCACGUCCUUUCCUUUCACCCUGCAGUCGUGUCACUCACGCAUCAGCAUCCACAAUGAAGUGCACUGGCCCGCCAACCAUGGCCUGCAGGGGGCGCUCUCCCCGAAGGACUUGGUGUAUUUUGGGCUGAAGAAUUACCAGCACUCAGUGCAGUGGGGUGUGUCCAGUCCCAUUCUGCGCUGUGACGAUGCCUUUGAGAGGAUGGUCAAUGUUCUCCUCCAACGUCACCCUCUUCUGCACAGUAUGGUGAUCAGGAGCUACCUGCUGAUCCAGCAGUACACUGAGGCCAUGAUGGCGCUGACGGCGUGUCCAGCACUGAGGGAUCACGUCACACCUCAGACGCUGGCCAUGGUGGAGGGUGUAAUGAGCAGCACUGGGAGAGGCGGAAGGGGGCACAUGCUGCUGGUACGUGUGCCGUCACUUCAGUUGGCGCGACUGGCACGGGAGCGACUGGAAGAGGCGCAGCACAAACUGGGGCUGGAGCGGAGGUUCGCCGUGGUGCUGGGAGGACCGACAUAUGAGAUCAGCCUCGCAUCACACUUCUGCACACAGCUCAGGGCAUGGAGACGGUGCGGAACUGAAGACUGGGCUCCUGUCACCUAUGAGGACCUGGAAGAUUUACCCUGCAUCCUCAUUCUCACUGGGAAAGACCCUCUGGGGGAAACAUUCCCCAGGUCUCUGAAGUAUUGCGACCUGCGACUGAUUGACUCCAGCUUUCUGACCCGGACAGCACUAGAGCAGGAAGUAGGUGUGGCUUGCUCCUAUGUCACACGUGGCAUCAUUCCUGACACCAUGAGUACAGCAGACAAAGGGGUGGAACUGAAGGAGGAAGAGGAGGACGAGCUAGAGAGUAGCAGGGGAGGAAUGAUAGAGUCUGAUGAACUGCCGCUGGAGCCGGACAGACCCCCGAGCAAUGGCAGUGCAACAACCCGAGCCUCCGGCUCAGUUGCAGAAAAUGGUGUAAGCUCCUCUCUUGUUCCUGACUCCUCCCAUAAAUCCUGCUCUGUGUCCUCCUCCCAAUCGGAAGUAGCUAAUAGCAGCUCCUUCAACUCCUCUCCAAGUCAUGUCAAGCAGGAGUGUGACUCCCAGUGUCCUGGGUCUUCUUCCUCCUCCUCAUCCUCCUCUUCCUUAUCCUCUUCUUCCUCUACCUCUCCCGGUUCUCAUCGUCCAAGCCAGUCCACUCAGACAUUCUCUGCGGCGAGUAAAUCAACGCUGUGCGUGUUUGCGCGCACAGUGGUUCUGUCCCGUGCUUCGUAUCGGCUCCUGGCCCCUGACUCGGCAGAUCAGCCCAGCUCGGCUUGGCUCCUCCCACAUGGAGAGGUAGAGUGGAUCGGUGCACUCCGGCCCCCCAUCCCACAGCAGGGUGACGCUACCGAGCAAUCGUUAUAUUACCGCCAGUGGACGAAGGCACAACCUCAACACGCCGAUUACAGCACUGCAGGCGCCGCCCACCCAAGGAGGCUCCUACUAAGCGGACCACCGCAGGUGGGAAAAACGGGUGCAUAUCUGCAGUUUUUGCGGAUUCUGUUUCGGAUGUUGAUUCGUCUGUUGGAGGUGGAUGUUUAUGAUGAGGAAGAGCUGAUGGAAGACUAUGUUACCGAAGACGCCAAGGCUCCCGUUUCCGGCAGCCCACCCUGGCCUGACCUGGAGAAGAUGCAGAAGAUGACCUUCGACCUUAACCCUCGUGACCCCAAGUUUAAGCAGUGUAGCUCGGUGUAUUCUGGCAGGAAUCAGCUCAGAUUAAAUGGACUGAAGCAAGAAAAGUAUAAUGAGAGCAAUGAGAGGAAAAGGAAGACGGUCUCUAUCAGGCUCAGCAUGUUCGCAGCCCAUAAUGCAUUUCACCACUGUGAGCAGUGCCAUCAUUAUAGCGAGCCUGGGCCUGCCCGUCCGCUGUCUGACUGCACCUUCCAUGCCUUCUCAUUCUGCUCGUCCAUGCUUGGUGAGGAGGUGCAGCUUCACUUCAUCAUCCCGAAGAACAAAGAGCACCACUUUUUCUUCGGCCAGCAGGGACACCAGCUCGAGAGCAUGAGACUUCCUCUCCUCUCUGUCCAGGACGGUGUAAAGAGUACUAUCUUCACCCCUACGACAGGCCGGCAAGAUCUGGGUCUGCUAAAUCUCCACCACGCCCUGGAGGGAGCACCGCACCUCCACAUCCUGGUGGUGAAGCAGCAUGAGAUGGCCAUCUAUAGGAAGUUCUGGCCCAACCACGUCCUGCUGGUGCUACCCUCCAUUUUCAACAACUCUGGAGUUGGAGCAGCUCGCUUCAUGAUUAAAGAGCUUUCAUAUCACAACCUGGAGCUGGAGAGGAACAGGCAGGAGGAGCAGGGUGUACAGAGGCAGGACAUCUGGCCUUUCAUCCUCAUCAUGGACGACUCAUGUGUGCUGUGGAACACUCACGUCCAGAACAGAGAUGGCUCAGUGGAGGUGUGUAAUGUAUCUCUGAAGAGUGUGUUGCUGCACAUGGAGGCGACUCCGUCAAUCUCUCACUACGCCAUGUGUGGCCUGAGGAAUUGGAGCAGUAAAACCUCCAUCUCAUCAUUCAGUGCUGCGUUCAGCCGCUGUCAUCUUCAUGACUUUAUCCUGCUCAAUGUGGACCUCACGCAAAACGUCCAGUAUGACCUCAACCGUUACACAUGUGAGGAGGUGGACUUUAACCUGAGGGUGAACAGCAGCGGCCUCUUGCUGUGUCGCUUCAAUCGUUUCAGCAUCAUGAAGAAACACAUCCCGAGUGGCGGCCACAAACACACACUCAUCAAACCCAAACUCACGACAAUGGAGUCUCCUUCACCGGUGUCCAGCUCCCAGUUUGUGUGUGCACCAGACAGUGUGUGUCCGAUGUUGGAUGUACCAGCUCAGCUCCUGCUCGAGAGAUUCCUGCAGCACUGCAGCACACACCUGUUCCCUCAUGCGCUACAUAACUACACACACCCCGUACUCGCCAUCGACACCUACCUCGACCUUGGACCUCAGUUGGCAGUGUGUUACAUGAGCUCCAGGCCUCACUCGGUGAACCUGGACCACAGCGGUGUCGUGUUCAGCGGGCUGCUCCUCUACCUGUGCGACUCCUUCGUGGUUUCCGGCUUCCUGAAGAAAUUCCGCUUCCUGAAAGGUGCGACUCUGUGUGUGGUCUCCCAGGACCGCAGCUCUUUGCGUCAGACGAUCGUAAGACUGGAGCUGGAAGACGAGUGGCAGUUUCGUCUGCGAGACGAGUUCCAGACGGCCAACUGCAGCGAGGACCGUCCGCUUUACUUCCUCACAGGACGCCACAUUUAACAGGCUGAAUAAAACUUUCUGCUCCAUCACGAAAUGUUGACUCCGAAGCUAACAGACAUAUACAAACACAAACGCACAUUGCUGACGAAUGGAGGAGAUCCUGAUGCUUCGCCUUAACUGUGAAGACUGGCCUCUUAUGGUGGUAAAGGACACUCACACGCAUGGGGGCGCAACGGAAGAUGAUUGUAAUCUGGGCUCCAUUUUGGGAUCCCGACUACGUACCUCAUGGACGUAGGUUUCAUCUCAGGGUUUUUUUUUGUCAUGUGGCAAAAAAAAAAAGACUUUGUUACUACUGCUUUCUUUUUCUCUCUUAAGCUUUCUCUCUUUAUAUAUAGAAAUCUAUAUCCUUCAUCAAAGCUUUGCUAACUGACCAAGGACACUUAACCCCAAAGAUCCAGAAAAAGAUACAAAAAAAAUAACGUACGACGUCCUGCAUGGCCACAGACACAAACAUUUCCUGACAGUCGGAUACGAAUCUUGUUGAUUUCACACUUGUUAUAUUACAUAUCUUACUAAUCCUCAAUGCUAGCUAUUUGCUAGCUGUCUCUGAGUUACCUUUCUGUGUCCUGAUUGAAGUAUUUCUCCACUCUGACCUUCUAAAGCACUAUUCGGACAGGAUUAGUUCUACGUGGGGACGUGGAGUAAUGCAAUUUUACCUCAGGACGUCUGUAAUAUUAA